AUGGCCUUUCAACCACCGUUCAGCUCCUCGCCCAUAGACGAGGUCCCUCCUAGGGCCGAGGACAUGCACCCAUCAGACCACCACAAAUCGUCCGACUCGGACACACCCGUGGCGCCCAUCCCUCUGCGGCCGUCCACCUCCUCGCGACCAGCGUCCCGCAUGGCGACAGUGACUCCCAGCAAGACCCCCAUAGUCAACAACCGCGCCUCGGUCGAGAUGGACACCCAGGCGCCAGCAGGCGGAGGCUCAGCCUCCCGGUCCCAAAAGUCAGCCCGCUUCCGUGGCGACGGCGACUAUGAGCACCCUGGCUACUGGUACGAUGGGCCGCCUACCGCUCGCGACUACGAGCGUUACUGGCGGGGCGAGUACUUGCCCUACCCUGAUCGAUAUACCUCCAAUCCCCGACGAUCGUAUCGACCUCCCCCGCCCUCGUGGCACAGGUACCAGAACUCCAAACGCAUGGCGUACGCGGGGGACUCGGACGACGACAUGCCACCAUACGACGAGCGCCGAGUCUCGCGCGACAUGAUGGACGCCCGUCGUCGUGCAACGGGUGAUGAGGAAGCGGCACUGCCCAAUCCCGCGUCCCGUCCGCUCCUGGAGAACAUGCAGCCCGGCCACAGAGGCUCCUGGAUGGCGAGCAACAUGAUGAUGAGCGGCCGGCCCGACCUGGCCUGGGAGAACAUGACGCGUCGCGAAAAGGCCGAGGUGAUGCGCCUCCCGCUGACCGAGUGGAUGAACAGCUCCGUCAAGAACCACUUUGUCGCCUCCCUGGGCGAGGUCGUCGGGACCACCAUGUUCCUCUUCUUCGCCUUUGCCGGCACGCAGGUGGCCAACAUUGGCUCCAACUCGGACGGCGAGAACACGACGACGGGCGAGGCCACGGGGUUCAACGUCGCCACGCUGCUGUACAUCUCCCUCAGCUUUGGCUUCUCGCUCAUGGUCAACGUGUGGAUCUUCUUCCGCAUCUCGGGGGGGCUCUUCAACCCGGCCGUCACGCUCGGCAUGAUCCUCGUCCGCGCCAUCAGCAUCGCGCGGGGUGUCUGCCUGCUCGUGUCGCAGAUGUCGGGCGCCAUACUCGCCUCGGCCAUUGUGCGCUACCUCUUCCCCGAGUCGUUCAACGUGCGGACCACGCUGGGCGGCGGCGCGUCGCUCGUGCAGGGCGUUUUUAUCGAGGCCAUCCUGACGGCCGAGCUGGUCUUUACCAUCUUCAUGCUGGCCAAGGAGAAGCACAAGGCGACGUUUAUCGCGCCCGUGGGGAUCGGGCUGGCCCUGUUCAUCUCAGAGCUGGUCGGUGUGCAGUUCACGGGGGGGUCCUUGAAUCCCGCGAGAAGUUUCGGGCCGUGUGUCGUGACCGGUCAAUUCGAUCCUGAGCACUGGAUAUACUGGGUUGGGCCGUUUGUGGGUUCCAUUCUGGCCGUGCUCUUUUACAGAUUCAUCAAGACACUUGAGUAUGAGAUGGCCAACCCGGGUGCGGAUGGCGACGAUGCGAAUGACCCGACCAAGAACCCGGAGAAGAUGGCGGAGAUUCAGGAGCCCAGGGCACCUUCGUUCCGCAGCUGA